CGCACUCUCCGGCAGGCCGAGGCGGGGGAGGAAGGCAGCAUGGGCGGCCGAGCGCACCGAGUGUCGCUGGGGGACGCCUGGAGCCGGCGAGUGCACCCUGACUUAGAAACCGAGAGGCAUGGGCAAGGCUUCGACGUGGAGCGGCUCACCCACCUCCUGGACGGAGGCGCCCAGAACACUGUGCUGCGGAGGGGAGUCGAAAGCCUCGUACAAGGUGACCCGGAUUUCAGCCUCAUCCACAAUUACUUCAUGACGCCGAAUGAGCGCUACGAGGCCGCCAUCCGGAGGAGAGUCCUGCUGCACAGGAAGGGACAGCGCCUGGGCUGGCUGGAGGACGGCCUGCAGUUCCACUACGCCUACAGAGCCAUCUCUGGAGAUGUGACUUUCGGUGUGCACGGCAUCGCCACAAAAGCCAUCCAGAGCCUGGGCUCGGAGGAGCAGAUCGCUAAAUGGGUCCCACUCUGCAAAACGUACCAGAUCAUCCUAACAUACGCGCAGACGGAAAUGGGACACGGGACCUACCUUCAGGGCCUGGAGACCGAAGCCACCUAUGACACAGCCACCCAGGAGUUUGUCGUACACAGCCCUUCAAUGAGUGCCAUCAAGUGGUGGCCCGGAGACUUGGGACGGUCGGCCACCCAUGCCCUCGUCAUGGCACAGCUGGUGUGCUCGGGAACGAGGCAGGGCAUACAUGCCUUUCUGGUGCCCAUCCGGUGCCUCAAGGAACACAGCCUGCUGCCAGGAGUCACCGCUGGGAGCAUCGGACCCACCAUGGACUUGGACCACGCAGACAAUGGCUUCCUGCGCCUGGACCGUGUGCGCGUCCCUAGGGAGAACAUGCUGAAUCGCUUUGCACAGGUCUUGCCAGAUGGCACCUACAUCAGAUUCGGGACAGCGCAAAGCAACUACCUGUCCAUGGUGGUGUCGCGCGUGGACGUCCUGGUGAAUGGGGUCCUGCCCACCCUGCAGAAGGCCUGUGUCAUUGCCAUGCGCUACUCCGUCAUCCGCCGCCAGUCCCGGCUCCGGCCCAGUGACCCAGAGGCGAAAAUCCUCAACUACCAGACCCAGCAGCAGAAACUCUUCUUCCCACUGGCCAUGAGCUAUGCCUUCCAUUUCCAGCUGGCCAGCCUCCAGGAAUUCUUCCGCCAUUCCUACAACACCAUCCUGAACAAAGACGUCAGCCUCCUCCCUGAGCUGCACGCACUGACCACCGGCGCAAAGGCCAUGAUAACCGACUUCUGCACCCACGGGGCCGAGCUGUGCCGCAGAGCCUGUGGAGGACAUGGCUACUCCAAGCUGAGUGGCCUGCCAUCCCUGGUCACCCAGCUGGUGGCCUCCUGCACCUAUGAGGGCGAGAACACAGUGCUCUACCUGCAGCUGGCCAGGUUUCUGGUGAAGAACUACCAGCGAGCUCAGCAGGCCGUGGGCCCCACAUCACAGAAGUCUCUCCCUCAGUCUGUCGCGUAUCUCACCCUGCCUCACCUGGCCAAGUGCCCCGCCCAGGGGGCAGCUGACUUCCUCUGCCCAGAGCUCUAUACCGUGGCCUGGGCACACAUGGCAACCAGGCUCAUACAGGACGCCGUGCAUCAUUUGCAGACACUGGUACAGUCGGGGGCUGAGCAGCACGAGGCCUGGGACCAGACAGGCGCCAUCCUCCUCCAGGCGGCUAAGGCGCACUGCUACUAUCUCACUGUGAAGAAUUUUAAGGAGGCUCUGGAAAAACUAGACAGUGAGCCCGCGAUUCAGCAGGUGCUCAAGCGCCUCUGUGACCUCUUUGCCUUACACGGCAUCUUGACUAACUCGGGAGACUUUCUGUAUGACGGCUUCCUGUCUGGCCCCCAAGUGAACAUGGUCAGAACGGCCUACCUGGACCUGCUGCCCCUGAUCCGGAAGGAUGCCAUCUUGUUAACGGAUGCCUUCGACUUCACCGAUCUGUGUUUAAAUUCUGCACUCGGCUGUUAUGAUGGGAAUGUCUAUGAACGUUUGUUCCAGUGGGCUCAGAUGUCACCCAGCAAUAUUUCUCAGGCAGCAGCUGUGCAGAAUCGUGCUCUGUGGAGAGAAAAGAACAAAUGGGAAGACCUGCAUACCCCCGCUGUUUCCUACCGAAAGCGAGCGCUGUGCUGAACUGAAUGUCAGAAGUAUGAGUCUCCUGUCUGGGGCAGGCCGUACAGAGCUGUAUCGCUGGACGGAAAAAUGUGCCCUUUCUAGGCUUACUCUAGCACACUGUGUGCCUCUGGGCUUUCUGCGUGAUUCAGAUGAUAGGGCAAGCAAGCAUCUCCGGAGAAAAUUGCAAAAGCCAUUUCCCUGGUUACACAAACUCGUGCCUGUGUAACUCCCUAUUGCAUGAAGUGAAAGAACCAGUGGUGGCCAUCUUAAAUCGAGACCCCCAUUUUUCCCAACAUUCGAUUGUAAAUACUCACCUAAGCAGUAGUUUGAUGUGUUAAACACAUCUACUGAUUCAUUCAGUCACUCAGCAAA